AGAAUAACAGGUAGUAGAGUCAUUUUAUUCUUGCAUUCGUGGCCGAUAUCCUCAGUGCCACGCGCGUGUGCCACUGCACCGACAGCGCUUUCUCGACACCAGUACACGUACACCGCGGCUCGAGCCGACCGGGGACACGUGCACGUGCACGUACACCUACGACAGUCUCUCAUCACCCGGGCACGGUUACAUGCACAAAACGACGCGCAUAAAUCCCCCGGCCAGCAGGCAGGUACCACGACACAACGCCGGUGACAGAUCCGCCAAUCAGUCGACGGAGAGAGAUGCAGGGCGGGCGGAGCGCGAGCGCGGUGGAGUCCGCCAAGGAGGCGGCGGCGAACGUGGGCGCGUCGGCGUGGGCGGGCAAGGAGAAGACCAAGGCCGUGGUGCAGGAGAAGGCGGCCAAGGCGAGGGCGCGCGACCCGGCGGAGAAGGCCGCGGCGGACGCCCGGAUGGAGGAGCGCGUCCGGGAGGUGGAGGCCGUGAAGCAGGGCGCCAUGCGCCGCAACGCCGCCGCCAAGGAGCGCGCCUCCGCGGCCGAGCACCACCCGACGCCGCUCGGCGUUGGGGGUGCCGCCGCGCCGCCGGUGCCCGCGGGUCCCGGCGUCCAUGUCCUGGACCGUCCCGCGGCGACGGACGGCCGUACUGCUGGCGUGCCGCCGGUUGGCACGGAGACCGACGCGGCGGCGAGGCAGCCUGCAGGCGCCGCACCACAUGACGCUGCUGGUGGGUUCGCCGGGACCGACGGCGUCCCGCCGGCGAGCGGCACGGCCGGUGGCCGCUACACCUGAAGAGAAUAAACAAAUGCUGCGUGUGGCAUGUUGCUAUAUAACCUUUGUGCCAUGUACGUUGGUUGUAUUCUAUUGCUAUUGUGAAGUUGAUGCCGUUUGCAGCGGCGCUGUACGGUGUGGUACUACCUCUAGUUCGGUGCGAGAGAGUGCAACAGGAGCGUGGUAAGUCCCAUCCCAGCCAGGGAUGUUGGAAAUAAUACCGAAUUUGAAUC